UCAUUUUCCCAGUAGCACUUCAAUAAAGUCUUCGUUUCAAGCUUCAUCUUGGGAACAGAUGCUUGCUCGCUCCUCCCAACCAGCAAGGGAGGAGCUAGAGUUUCGUCGGCGUGCAUUGAUGUCGGUGUCGACCACGCGAUGUGGACGUUCACUCGCAAGAGAGAGUGCUUCUCUGUCUCUGGGAGCUUGAAACGACGAUGCAUAGCAUCCGCGGCUCCAAGUAUUCCUCUCCAGUAUUCGGAACGGGAGCUGGAAGAUGUCAGACAUUACGAUAAAGUCUUCGCAUCCGCUUGGGUCGACCAUUCCACAUUCGUUAUUGGGACCAAAGACAACAACCUUAUCCGAUGGGACACAGACACUGGAAAGCAGCUCAAGAUUCCUCUUCCAGAUUCACCACAACCGAGAACUCACGACCGUCAGGAUAACUGUGGUAUUCAUUCCAUAGCUGUCAGUCCGUCACGCACACUCUUGGCGACUGGAGCCUCGAAUCCAGAUGAUGUCGCCAUCUUCAAGCUGCCCUCAUUUGACCCUGUGGCUAUUCUCCAGAGUCACGAGAAUUGGAUGUUUGCUUCCGCUUGGGUUGGGGAUACUCACCUGAUUACAGGUUCUCGAGAUUCUACUGUGAAGUUAUGGUCGAUCUGUUCGGAUGAAAUUUUGAACCAGUCUCCCAUAGUUACCCGCACGGAUCAUGGUGACAAAGUCAGAGACCUGAAGUACUGCAUGGAUACGGAAACACUAUCAACAUUGAGUCAGGAUGGCACGUGCAAGCUGUGGGAUCCUCACGAGAUGCUGGUGGUGUCAUCUAUAAGAUGUCCGGAUCCAAAGGAGCUGGUUUGCAUGGCUGUGAAAGCUCCAUUAGUGGCUGUGGGGUCUCAACGGUUCAUAACAUUUAUCGACAUGCGCUGUGGUCACGUGGUGAAGUCCAUAUCAUCAGCUGAUGAGGGAUGGGGUGUGCGGUCUUUGAGCUUUCAAGAUAAUGUUGUGACAUGUGGAGGAGGGAAGGGUCGCAUUUCUUUUCUUGAUACAAGAACUCAGAAGUACAUACGAAUUCGCGAGAUGAAUGACAGUGCUUGUACUGGGGAGAAUCACAUGGACACUAUAGCUUACUCCACAGGCACAGGACAUGUGGUGAAGGACCAAGUCUAUAAUGAGCACUUUGCAGGCCAAGAGAUAAAGCAUGCUGUGUACACUCACUCUCAUGACUUCAGUGGGACCUCUCUGUUGGUUGCUGGAGGCCCUCUUCCAUAUGGCUUAAAAGGCAGCUAUGUUGGUCUCUGGUGAAAGGGUGUACGGUAUUUAUGUAAUUUAUUAUCCCCUUCUUGCCAAUGUGUAGUACACGAAGCAGCCC